CGCUCUUUCUCCUUUCCUUCUUUUUGGGCUUGUAGAAAUGCUGUCAUGGGGAGUUUACAGUAUCUCCACCCUUUUUCUAUUGCUCCAUAUAAGAGGAGAGGGGGUGAUGAAAGGCGAAGCAGCAUCCUGCCUCCCCAACCAAAGCUUGGCCCUUUUACAAUUCAAGCAAAGUCUAUCCCAAGGGUCGCGGCCAUUGUUAAGCACGUGGAAGAAUGAAUCAGAUUGUUGCGAGUGGGAGGGAAUCUCUUGCGACCGACCAUACCACCGGCUUUGUCACCGGCGUCGAAAUCUGGAAUCUCCGAGUGCAAUUUUCGCUCUCUCCGACUCUCCCUCUCUCGCCAGUCGCCUCUCGAUCUCUCCGACUUCAUCAACUCUUCUCUUCUCUAGUUCUCCCGUCCGGGAUUCUCCGACGUCUGCAGGAGGAACCACCGAACCAAUCGUCCGCGGGCCGCGUCCGUGGGCCACUUCAGCCUUCAAGUGCAGAUUCAAGUUUAGAGGGCGUCCCUCGAUCUUCCUCUCCGGUUCUCUUUGAUGGAUCCGACAGUCCGGCAGCGAGCGGGUCUUUGCUCCUCCGGUUGAUUCCGUGAAUCGGUAGGGCUCUCUCUCUCUCUCCGGUUGCUACCUCAAUAUGCUAGUCCUCUGCUCUUGUUUUUGGGUUUUCUGUUUCGUCACUAAAGUUCUGCUUCCCAUUUUUUCCGUUGUAAGAAUGAGAAACUAUCGACUGUUUGACUGUUUCUGUGCUUUUUUCUUUCUUUCUUUUUGCUUGUCUUAUAUGAUGUUUAGUUUGAGGUUUCUGUCAUGUGCUGCCAAUAUUAGGCUUAUGGGGAGGGGGCUUGUUUGCAUAGUUCAUCUUUUUAUGUUUCAUCCAUGCUAAGUCGCUGGUCCCAAACAACGACAGUUAAUUUCUUCGUUGCUAACUGCCAAUUUUUUCAUUUCCUUUUAACAAUGACUUCUCCAUUUUUCAUUUCCUUUUCGAGUUCCAGUAGUAGUUUGAUGUAUCAUUCCUUUGUCUUUAAGUACAUAUAAAACAGAGAUAUACGCGUUCUUUUAAGUAGUGGUUUGAUGUAUCAUUCCUUUGUCUUCGAUUUGAGCUCGACCCUAUUCGAUAGAACUUGAGUUUUUUGAGUUGAGUCGAUCUUAAGUUGACCUCGGCUGGUGUAUAGCCCUAUCCUGAACACGUUAAACUCAUAGUUAAAAAUGUUCAUGCAUUUUGAUGCUGAUAUUUUUCUGAGUUUUUUUUCCAGAAAAUGAAAUUCUAAAAUAUAUAUUUAUACAUAAUUUUGGAUUGAGCAAACAUGACGUUCACAUGUUUUAAGGGACUCGGGCCAAUCUUUUGAGGGCACAUUUCGUUGCAGUGGGCACAUAAAUGGCUAUCUUUUUAUAUCAUAAACUCAAUAUUUAUGAGCCUAUGAUAUUUUUCAUUCU